AUGCCCAAGUUUACACCUUGCGCUCCUUGGACGGCUUCAGAAAAUGCAAAGCGAAUAGUGCUGAUGGAUAUCCUUCAAGACAGCAGUAUCUUAAUAGUUGAUGCACCAGUCAAUCUCCCUGAAUAUAUCAAUUUCCUCGCUCGCACGGGUCCAGGGGUGCGUGUCAUAAUCGACGUGUUAUGA